AAGAGUAGUAUGCACGGUACUUUUGAGACCAUCGACCAUCAUCAGUUUUCGACCCUUCCAUUGACAUGACUACUCCUUCCAAAGAUACACCGCCUUGUGUCGAACCCGCCGCUAGGAAUAGUGGGUCGACUCCUAGUGAGGAGACAACCUGCCACAUGUUACCCUGCAACAUAGACUUUGAAGGGAUGGCAAAAACACACUUGUUUUUCAAGCCUGUUCACGUAGAAGACGGGAUUUUCGCAAGCAGCUUUCGGGGGAGAGGGCUUCUAGCCACACGGAAAGGGUUCCGCGAUGAGGAUAAGACUGGCGGGCAUCAUCCCUAUUUAUUGUCCUUGGAAGACAAUCAGAUCGAAGUCAAGGCAUCCAUAAGCAACAUGAUGGAAUGGCAGCAUGAACACAAUCUCAAAUCGAUCAUGUAUAAGGAGAACGAUUCCAGCCGUUUGCAGGUUGCCAAAGAUUGGAUGGAACUUUCGGAUGCAGUAAGUCUCACUGGAUUUCGAACGGCUGAACGCAGCAUUAUUUGAUCCGUGACAUCGUACACCUCACUUGGCCCAUUGCCUCUUUUGCUGCAAUGCCAAUUGCACGAAUGUUUCCUGAACAGUUGCACGAGCCACUGCCAUUGGAGUAGUUAGAGAUCACUGCGAAAAACUCUGUCGGGGUUGCGAUUUCUAUCCAAUUAUGGAAUCGCCAUCGAAGAAGUGUUUGUGUCGACCGGUCAUUUUCGAAUGCAAUGAAAGUUGGGUUUUCUCAAUUCCACUGACGAAGGACAUUGGAGUAGAUGGAGAUCACUGCGAAAAACUCUGUCGGGGUUGUGACUUCUAUUCAAUUAUGGAAUUUGGCAUCAAAGAGGGGUUUGUGUAAACCAGUCAUUUUCGAAUGCAAUGAAAUUUGGGUUUUCUCGAUUCCACUGACAAAGGAAAUACUAUUACGGUAGUCAACCAUUCUUUAAAUGUAU